AUGCAGUCUAUUACGUCUCCCAAGCUGGCGCUGUAUGGUUGCAGGUCGUCCUUGCGAUGGGCGGCAUUUCGGGAACUUAGCACUCUCAAACUGGCGUCGGCAUGUCAGGCAGCACAAUUACCGUCUUACGCCCAGCGUCGAACAAGCAUAUCACCACUCCGCAACCAUUUUGGGCGGACCUCGCCAUUAUCAUCCAUACCUUCCCACACAUCACCAACGGUGGUCCUGCAACAGGACAACAAAGCAGCGCUGGUGGACGAUAAACUCGCCGAGGUGCUGGCAGAUUUCCACGCUCCCGUUCGGUAUGCGGUUGCGUACGGGUCGGGGGUGUUUCAGCAGAAGGGGUAUAAGCGGACGGAUGUGGGGGCAAAGGUGCCACAACACAAUUCAGAUGCUAAUCCCCAUCCUGACACCUCUCCACGUUCGCAGGACGCCCCAAUGGUAGAUUUCCUUUUCGGAGUAACACAUCCUGAGCAUUGGCACUCCCUCAACAUCCGGCAAAACCGGCAUCACUACUCCUCAUUAGCAUUCUGCGGUAGCCGGGUCGUGGCACAGGUGCAGGACAAGAUCGGCGCAGGACUGUACUUCAACACGGAUGUUGAGGUUGCUGGUGUGAGGAUAAAAUACGGAGUGGUAUCCAUCGACCGCCUCAUCAAAGACCUCCUAGACUGGGAAACGCUCUAUCUCGCCGGUCGGCUGCACAAACCGGUCAAGGUGCUCCGCGACGACGCACGCGUCAGCCUUGCUAAUCGGCGCAACCUCCGUGCUGCGGUCCGUGCCGCAUUGCUCACAUUGCCGCAGGAACUGACGGAGGAGGAUCUGUUUCUUACUAUUGCUGGAUUGUCGUUCCGAGGCGACUUCCGCAUGCGCAUGGGCGGCGAGAACCCACAUAAAGUGUACAACAUCGUCUACAGCCAGAUGGAUGAGUUCCGCGCAAUUUACAAGCCCAUCGUCGAGGACCUACCCAACGUCAAUUACACCUCCGACAACACCAUUUUGCAAGACCCAGACCUCCGCCUACGCGCGACGGCCAUCCAGAAACUGCCCAAAACACUACACGACAAGAUCUACACCUACUACAAAGCGGACCACCCGCAAGACGGGACUACACUAGAAGAGCCGAAAUUCUCGCAGACCGUCGCGAAGAGCGACAAGGUUGCGGCGUAUGUCGAGAAGAGUCUGGCAGAUAUAGUCCGCCACCCUGCAAUUACCCAAUCACUCAAAGGCUUCCUUACCGCCGGCCUGAGGCGCGCGGUCAUAUAUGCAUGGGCGAAGUUGAAGAAGGGCAUGAAGGGAAAGCGAAAGGCAUAG